AUGUUUAAUGACACAUUGUGUGGUGCUCCAAGAUUUCAUGUCCCUCCAUGCCCCAUUUCGUUAAACCGUAGAUCAAAGAGGAAGAAGUUACUUCUGAUAGUCUUUCCUCUACUGGGAACUGCUGUGAUAAUUGUUUUUAUAACAUUGGCAUUUGUAUGGAUGAGGUGCAGAAGAGAAGGAAAUGUUCCAGUCCAAGCUGAUUUGUUGGCUACAAGGGGAAGAAUUUCAUACUAUGAAAUAGUACAAGCCACUAACGCUUUUAGUGAGAGUAAUUUCAUUGGUUCCAGGAGUUUUGGUUCUGUUUACCAAGGAAUUCUCAGAGAUGGGACUACCAUUGCAGUUAAAGCUUUAGUGCUCGAGUACAUGCCUAAUGGGAGCCUUGAAAAGUGGUUGUAUUCGCACAACUACUUCUUAGACAUCAUGCAAAGACUAAGCAUAAUGAUAGAUGUGGCAUGUGCAUUGGAAUAUCUUCACCAUGGUUGUUCAGCACCUGUUAUUCAUUGUGAUCUGAAGCCUAGCAAUGUCUUGCUAGAUGAAAACAUGGUUGCUCGUGUAAGUGACUUUGGCAUUUCCAAACUACUCGGUGAAGAUGAGAGUGAUUUACACACUAAAACCUUCGCAACAUUCAGCUACAUUGCACCUGAGUAUGGGAGGGAGGGAUUGGUGUCGCUAAAAUGUGAUGUUUAUAGUUAUGGGAUCAUGUUGAUGGAAACGUUUACAAGGAACAGGCCUAACGAUGAAAUAUUUGAUGGAGAUUUUAGUUUAAAGAAAUGGGUAAAUGAUUCACUGCCAGAGGCAAUAAGCAAAGUUGUGGAUAUGAAUUUGCUAAAGCCAGAAGAUAAGAAACACAUGGACAAGACAGAUGGUGUAGCAUCCAUCUUGAAAGUGGCACUAGAUUGCUCCGCUAAGGAUCAACAUGAAAGAUGUUGUAGGAAUGCUACAAAAGAUCAAGAUUCGACUUCUUACAUGUUCUGCAAGUACAUAAAACAUUUGAUUCAUGUCACUUAA